AGGAGUACGAUCAAUGCCGCACGCCCGAAGUCUGUGCGAGAUGGCGGUCGGAACCCGGACAGCGUAGAACUCUCUCCGAACCGUCUGUGAAGUGGUAUCGUCCCUCUGAGCCGCGAUGGAGGGUGGGAAACCGAACCUGGCUCUGGUCUACCAGGCGGUCCAGGCCCUGUACAACGACCCGGACCCAGCGGGGAAGGAGCGAGCCUCGGUGUGGCUCGGGGAGCUGCAGAGAUCGAUGUACGCCUGGGAGAUUUCAGACCAGCUGCUGCAGCUCAGACAGGACGUUGAGUCCUGUUACUUUGCUGCUCAGACCAUGAAGAUGAAGAUCCAGAUGUGCUUCUACGAGCUUCCACCAGAAACCCACAAUGCACUACGGGAUUCUCUCCUGACCCACAUCCAGAACCUCAAAGACCUGUCGCCCAUCAUCGUCACACAGCUGGCGCUGGCGAUCGCUGAUCUCGCUCUGCAGAUGGCGUCCUGGAAAGGAUGCGUUCACACACUCUUAGAAAAGUACAACAACGACGUCAGCUCCAUGCCUUUCCUCAUUGAGAUUCUCACCGUUCUGCCAGAAGAAGUCCACAGCCGGUCUCUGCGGAUCGGAGCCAAUCGAAGGACGGAGAUCAUCGAGGAUCUGGCGUAUUACUCCAGCACCGUGGUCACACUUCUGACGUCGUGUGUGGAGAAGACGGGCCACGAUGAGAAGAUGCUCAUCAAGGUGUUCCGCUGUCUGGGCAGCUGGUUCAACCUGGGCGUGCUGGACAGUAACUUCAUGGCGGGAAACCAGCUGCUCAUGGUGCUCUUCCAGGUUCUGCAGAGGGAUGAAACCACCACCAACUUACACGAGGCGGCUUCGGACUGCGUUUGCUCCGCCCUCUACGCCACAGAGAACGUGGACAACAACAUGGCGUUGGCCCUGCAGCUCUUCCAGGGCGUCCUCACGCUGGAGACGGCGUAUCACAUGGCGACAGCGCGGGAAGACCUGGACAAGGUGCUGAACUACUGCCGGAUCUUCACCGAACUCUGCGAGACCUUUCUGGAGACGAUGGUCCGGAGUCCGGGUCAGGGCAUGGGGGACCUGAGGACCCUGGAGCUGCUGCUGAUCUGUGCAGGAAACCCACAGUAUGAGGUGGUGGAGAUCUCCUUCAACUUCUGGUACCGUCUGGGAGAACAUCUGUAUAAGAUCAACGACCCGGCGCUGCACUCCGUCUUCAGACCCUACAUCCAGAGACUCCUGCACUGUUUGGCGCGGCACUGCCAGCUGGACCCGGACCACGAGGGAAUCCCCGAGGACACGGACGACUUCGGGGAGUUCCGGGUCCGGGUGUCGGAUCUGGUGAAGGACGUGAUCUUCCUGGUUGGGUCCAUGGAGUGCUUCUCUCAGCUUUAUUCCACGCUAAAAGAUGGGAACCCCCCCUGGGAGGUGACGGAGGCGGUGCUCUUCAUCAUGGCCUCCAUUUCCAAGAGUGUAGAUCCGGAUAACAACCCCACCCUGUCGGAGGUGCUGCAGCAGGUGGUGCUGCUGCCUGAGGGCGUCCACAUGGCGGUCAGGUACACCAGCAUCGAGCUGGUUGGAGAGAUGAGCGAGGUGGUGGACAGAAACCCGCGAUUCUUGGAUCCGGUCCUCAGCUACCUGAUGAAAGGGCUCAGAGAGAAACCUUUGGCGUCUGCGGCGGCGAAGGCCAUCCACAACAUCUGCUCGGUGUGCAGAGACCACAUGGCCCAGCACUUCCAGGGUCUGCUGGACAUCGCCCGCUCCCUGGACUCCUUCGCCCUGUCCACAGAGGCCGCCGUGGGGCUGCUCAAAGGUACGGCGCUUGUCCUGGCCCGGCUUCCUCUGGAGAAGAUCUCAGAGUGUCUUAGUGACCUCUGUGCAGUUCAAGUGAUAGCUCUAAAAAAGCUUCUCACUGAACAGUCCACAAACGGGAAGUCAGCUGAUCCCACCGUGUGGCUGGACCGGCUGGCUGUCAUCUUCAGACACACGAACCCCAUCGUGGAGAACGGACAGACUCACCCCUGUCAAAAGGUCAUCCAGGAGAUCUGGCCGGUGCUGUCGGAGACGUUGAACGCCCAUCAGGCAGAUAACAGGAUCGUGGAGAGGUGCUGCCGCUGCCUCAGGUUUGCUGUGCGGUGUGUUGGAAAAGGCUCCGCCUCUCUGCUGCAGCCGCUUGUCACUCAGAUGGUGAGCGUGUACCAGGUGUUUCCACACUCCUGCUUCCUUUACCUCGGCAGCAUCCUGGUGGACGAGUACGGCAUGGAGGAGGGCUGCAGGCAGGGGCUGCUGGACAUGCUGCAGGCUCUGUGCAUGCCCACCUUCCAGCUGCUGGAGCAGCCUAACGGUCUGAGGAACCACCCCGACACCGUGGAUGACUUGUUCAGACUGGCCACCAGGUUCGUCCAGAGGAGUCCCGUCACUUUGCUCAGCAGCAGCAUUAUCGUCCACAUCAUCCAGUGCGCCGUCGCUGCCACCUCCCUGGACCACCGGGACGCCAACUGCAGCGUCAUGAAGUUUGUGCGAGACCUGAUCCACACCGGAGUCGCCAACGACCACGAGGAGGACUUUGAGGUGAGGAAGCGCCUGAUUGGUCAGGCCAUGGAGCAGCACGGCCAGCAGCUCAUCAGCCAGCUGCUGCACUCCUGCUGCUUCUGUCUGCCGCCGUACACGCUGCCCGACGUGGCCGAGGUGCUGUGGGAGGUCAUGGUGUUCGACCGGCCGACCUUCUGCCGCUGGUUAGAGAACGCCCUGAAGGCGUUACCCAAGGAGACGUCAGGCGGCGCUGUGACCGUCACCCACAAACAGCUGACAGACUUCCACAGACAGGUGACCAGUGCUGAAGAGUGUAAGCAGGUGUGCUGGGCCGUCAGAGAGUUCACCAGACUGUUCCGAUAGCUGCGACCUUCACACAACUCCAGCUUCAGUCUUUAGUUGACCAGCGUUCAGAGGUGACGACAAAAGCUGCCACGGCAGACGAGGAUCCACAGCGAUGAAGACGAUGAAGAUGGAGCGACUUUGAAUGUGGAACUGAACGAAGCUCUGAGAAACCGGCACGCCGAACACUGACUUGAUGGGCCGAGUCCACCCCGCCUCACCUGAGCCGACCUGCAGCGGGCAGCGUUGGGGAGGAGGGGUCAGGCCGGGCUGGUGGGAGGGGUCAGCACAGGAAGGUCGCGUGAGGACCGGUGCGGAUCAGUCCUGCUGGAUCUUCAUGGAUGGGAGGACGUGCCUGGUCAACACUUUUUCAGACAUUGUGAGCUUUUUUUUUUGCCCGUGCCAUAAACGAGCCAAAAGUUUUCCCAUGAUGCUUUUGGCUGAGCGGCUGCGUUAGGAUCGUUCUGGAGGAUUUGGCGUCACCUUUGACCUUUUUAACUUUGUUUAUUUUAGUUGUUUUCAUAAAGUGACAGAGUGAACUCUGGGAAGGAGGCGGACAGACCGACACCGUGGCAUCAUUGUUGAUGUAGCCUUGUUGUAAACAAUAAAAAAACAAACAGGU